AUGUUGACAUUAACAAGUCAUUUAACCGCAGUUAGAUCAUGCUGCUUUGGAGCACAGUUUGAACAAAAGGCCAGACUUCACACAACUCGCCUGCUUUAUAGUUAUUCGAAUCGUAAAAGUCCUUCCAAGUAUAGUCAUUUUGUCGACUUUGUACGAUUUAGAGCCAAAGGUGGAGACGGGGGAGAUGGUUGUGUAUCCUUCAUGAGAGAGAAAUACCUUCCAAAAGGCCCUCCUAACGGUGGCAACGGUGGACGUGGUGGAAAUGUCAUCAUUCGAGCCACUACAAACGAAGGCUCACUCAGACGACUUGGACGCGUAUGCUCAGCUAAACGAGGACAUAAUGGAAUGGGUGGUGGAAGACAUGGGAUGAGAGGAGAUGAUUUGGUGAUUCAAGUACCUGUGGGAACAAUUGUACGCGAGGUUCCUUUGCCUGAAAAGAAGGAAGAGGAAGAGCCUAUGGAUAAGGAAGCUCGUCGUGCUGCAAGAUGGGUAUAUUAUCCACGCAUGGAUGAAGUGGAAGCAGUGCCAGAGGGAAAAGUCAACUUUUUUAAACAAGCUGAACGACUGAUGGAUGAAGAAGAUAGAUACCUCAGAUGGCGUCUUCGUAAUGAAAACCCUACCAAAAUUGAAGUAGACCUAGCAGAAGAUGGACAGGAAGUAUUAGUGUGUAAGGGAGGAGCAGGCGGAUAUGGUAACCCUUAUUUUCUGACAACGGAAAAUCGAUCUCCCAAAUGGGCCACACGAGGACGAAAAGGAGAGGAAAGGCAGAUCGAAUUGGAACUCAAGACAAUUGCUGAUAUCGGCCUCGUGGGCUUACCUAACGCCGGCAAGUCAACACUGCUCGGAGCUAUUUCAAACGCUCACCCCAAGCAAGGAAAUUAUGCGUUUACGACUCUCCACCCCUUUGUGGGCACAGUAGAUUACGCAGAUCAGUUUCAGUUGACAGUGGCAGAUAUUCCUGGCUUGAUCGAAGGAGCCCACCUAAAUGUUGGUCUCGGACAUGCCUUCCUUCGUCAUGUGGAGCGUGCAAAGCUGUUGGUCUAUGUUAUUGACAUCAGUGGACCAUCUCCUUUUGAUGAUCUAAAGAUACUGCAGCAAGAAUUAGAGGCUUAUAAGCCAGGUCUUAUUCAGCGUCAGUCACUUAUUGUUGCAAAUAAGGCAGAUAUUGUCAAUCCUGCCAAAGAAAACCUAGAAAUUCUUCAGUCUCAAGUUAAAAAUAUUCCCAUCGUACCGGUGUCUGCUCGAUAUGAAAAGAAUGUCUUGAAGCUAACGUCUGUGCUCCGAAAAGAAGUUGAACGUAUUAGAGCUGAAGAAGAGGCGAUCAAGAAGACAUUAAGGAACGAUGAUGAGGAAGAUUUCAUCUAG